UUAUACUGUUUAUAUUGUUUGAGUGUUUAGUAUGUCUAGUUCCUAUCUAGAGUGUUUAUACUGUUUAUAUUGUUUGUUUUUUUUCAGUUAUUCUAUUUUUAUUUAUUGCAUUGCCAAUUUGCACCGUGGGUCAGAGAGGACUGAUAUUUCAUCUGUGCUGUAUGUCGAGCAUGUAUAGCAUAUUUGGCAAUAAAGUUGACUUGAUACUUGAUAGAGGGAUAAAAUUGAUGAGCCACACCAUGAAGCUAUGGGAAAGGGUAUUGGAGGCGAGAUUGAGAAGAAAGGUAGCAAUCUGUGAACAGCAGUACGGGUUUAUGCCAAGGAAGAGCACGUCAGAUGCAAUAUUUGCUUUAAGAAUGUGAAUGGAGAAGUACAGGGAAGGCCAGAGAAAGCUACAUUGUGUGUUUGUAGACCUGGAGAAGGCAUACGAUAGAGUGCCGAGAGAUGAGUGAUGGUAUUGUAUGAGAAAGUGUGGAGUGAAUGAGAAGUAUAUCAGAGUGGUGCAAGACAUGUAUGAGAACCGUGAAACAGCAGUGAGGUGUGCAGUUGGAACGACUGAAUGGUUCAAGGUGCAGGUGGGACUCCAUCAAGGAUCUGCUUUGAGUCCUUUCUUGUUUGCCAGAGUGAUGGAUAGCUUGACGGACGAAGUGAGGCAAGAGUCACCAUGGAACAUGAUGUUUGCGGAUGAUAUUGUGAUAUGUGGUGAAAGUAGAAAGGAGGUUGAGUUGGGUUUGGAGAGAUGGAGGGAUGCAUUGGAACGAAGAGGAAUGAAGGUGAGCAGGAGCAAAACAGAAUACAUGUGCAUCAGUGAGAAUGGGGAUGAGAGUGUAGUGAAGAUGCAAGGAGCAGAUGUAAAGAAAGUUGGUGAAUUCAAGUACCUGGGGUCAACUGUGCAGGAAAAUGGGGGCUGCGAUAGUGAGGUGAGAAAGAGAGUGCAGGCAGGGUGGAGCAGUUGGAGAAGGAUUUCGGGAGUCAUUUGUGAUCGGAAAGUCCCAGCAAAAGUGAAAGGUAAGAUGUAUAAGACAGUAGUGAGACCAGCUGUGAUGUAUGGAUUGGAGACCGUACCCUUAACGAAGAGACAGGAGGCAAAGUUGGACGUGGCGGAGUUGAGGAUGUUAAGGUUUGCGAUGGGAGUGACGAGGUUGGACAGGAUAAGGAACGAGCACAUCAGAGGGACAGCACAUGUGGAGAGCUUGGGAAUUAAGCUAAGAGAGAUGAGACUGAGAUGGUAUGGGCACAUCCUGAGAAGAGAUGCAGAGCAUGUGGGAAGGAGAAUGUUGAGGAUGGAGCUGCCAGGCAAACAAAAACGAGGAAGGCCAAAGCGAGGACAUGAAAGUGGCAGGUGUGGUAGAGAAGGAUGCGGAAGACAGGGAGCAAUGGAGACGAAAGAUCCGCUGUGGCGACCCCUAAUCAGGAGCAGCCAAAAGAAGAAGAAGAAGAAGUUGUAUUUAAUUUGCUAAAGCUGUACAUGUUCACAUGUUUCCUUACACUGAAUGACAAAGGUGAAACUCGUAUUGUGAA